AUGUCCCUCUCCCCCGUCGUCCGGGCGGUACGGGACGCCGGCGAGAAGCUCACCGGAUCGUCCAACCUGACCCGCGAGGAGUUCCUCGGGUGCGUCCGAGACCUGGACACCGCGCUUCGGUCGCCCGGGGACGACGGCGACGCCGCGUGCGCGGAGUUCUGCGCCGGUCCACCGGGCGCGCCGCACCGCGCGGCCCUCGCCUGGUUCGCGGGCAAGCUCCGCAAGGGAGUCGUCGCGGACGACGUCGGGGAUCCGAUGCGAAAGAGGGAGGACGUGUUCACCACCGCCGCCGCGCUGCAGGUGCUCGUCAGCGCGUCGGGCGGCGACCACCGCGCCACCUUCGGGCACACCUCCCGCGACGGCUCGCACGAGCGCUGGCCCAAGCGCGGAUACGCGCUGUGCCACGCGCGCUGGGCCCCCACCGUCCUCGCACCCACCGGCAUCCUGCCCCCGCUCCUCGCCCUGACCCGGGCCAAAACCGCGGGGCCCCAGGUGUGGAUGCGAGCGCUGCAGCUCGCGGGGUCCAUCGCGCGGUGCGACGACGCGGUGGCCCACGAGAUGGCCCGCACGGGGUGGCCGCGGGUGUGCGCCGAGGUGGUGAAGGCGAUACCGGACCAGGCAUGGGACGAGGCGCGCGCGAGGGAGUUUAUCGUGGAGCGAGAGGUUUGGCAGUGGCUCGACUCGCGGUUCGCGGCGUGCGCGCAAACGCACACGGACAAACCCCGCAAUACCCUGCGAUCGUUCACCGUCGUCGAGAGGCUGGGUCCCGAGGGGGGUGCCGAGGGGGGUGCCGAGGGGGGUGCCGUCGGCGGAUGCGCCACGUCGGAUGCGCCGUCGCUGUCGGACACGGAGUGGUACGGGAAGCUCGUCCGCGUGGACGGGACGAACGGGACGAGUUUGCUCGGGUUCGCCGUCGCCGCGUUCGACGACGCCGACGUGGCGGUGUUCCUCGCGGACGACGGGGGAGGCGGGCGGGUGGUGAGCGCCGGGGUGGGGCACGUGUCGCUGGUGCACGACAGGUUGCGUCCGUUACGGGAGCCGUUACAGGAGGCGUCGACGUCGGACGGACGAUAG